UUCUUCUGGUUACAAAUUAACAUUAAAAAUAAAUAGAAUGUUAGUAAAUCCUUAUCUUAUAAGUUUUUGUUUUAUUUACAGUUUAGUCACUGAUUGAACACUCAUCACCAUUUCGCAAAAUGAUGCAGAAAGAGGCAGUGGUCGUAAGGAAAGCCAUAAAGCAUUAUGGGAAAAAGCAAGUGCUCAACGGUCUGAAUAUGACAAUUUCUAGGGGUACCAUAUACGGACUAUUGGGGGCCAGCGGACGUGGAAAAACCACUAUGUUGUCCUGCAUCGUCGGAAUUCGAUAUUUCGACAGCGGAGAGUUAUGGGUUUUGGGAGGAACUCCGGGCAACAAGGACUCUGGCAUCCCCGGGCCUCGAGUGGGUUACAUGCCGCAAGAUAUCGGUUUGGUUAAAGAGUUCUCUGUGAGCAAUGCCUUCUAUUACUUUGGCAGGAUCAAUGGGCUCGAUGAUAAGGAAAUCGAGGCAAAACUCACCUUUUUCUCAAAAUUACUUCAAUUACCCCCGUUGAAUCACCUGGUGAAAAACAUGAGUGGUGGUGAGCAAAGACGGGUCUCUUUUGCCAGCGCGUUUAUACAUAAUCCUGAACUUCUAAUUCUGGAUGAACCCACUGUGGGUUUAGAUCCAAAUUUAAGGGAGGAUAUUUGGACUUACCUGAAGAAGCUCACGCAGGAAAAAGAUGUCACUGUGUUAAUAACUACACAUUAUAUCCAUGAAACUACAAAGGCUAAUAAAAUAGGUUUAAUGAGACAUGGUAAAUUGCUGGCGGAAUCGGCACCGCGUGAUUUGCUGACGCAAUUUCAAUGCGAGUCUUUAGAGAACGUUUUCUUGAAAUUGUGCAAAGAACAGAACACAGCGAAUGAAAGGUAUCGGAGAUUAUCGGAGGUCACCAGUAACAACGUGUUGUAUCAAGAUAGAUACAGGCCAACAGAAGGAAUUUCGGAGUGCAAACUAAAUUCAAAACGUUAUGUUUCGCGAUUAAAGAGGUUCAAAGCAUUACUAUCCAAAAAUGGCAUUCAAUUUUGCGUGAUUACCCAUAAGUAUUUAUUAGUCAUUAAUUUCUAUACAGCAGAAACAUUUUCACAAAAUCUCAAUUGUUUCAAUAUUUCGAAUUAUGCCAUACUUUCCAUUUUAUUCCUUAAUGAAUCAUAUUAUUCUUCCAGAGGCUUAAUCCUCGCAAUUUGGAUUUCUAUAUUUCAAACCAUCAUAUAUGUUAUGGUAUUUGGUGAGGACCCUAAAGGCAUCAAUAUUGGGAUUGUCAACAAAGAAGCUGGCAACUGCGAAUUUAACAGCAAUUUUAGCAAAGCUUGGAAUGACGGAAAGACUUGCCAUUUUGUUAACCUCAGCUGCAGAUUUGUACAUAGUUUUGAUGAUUCCAUAGCGAAAAAGGAAUAUGUUGACUUUUCUAAAGCAAAACUUGAUAUGAAGAAUAGAAAACUCUACGGUGCAAUAUAUUUUAAUCAAAACUUUUCCGAAAGUCUGCAAAAGCGAUUGGAAGAGGGUUUUUUUGCGAGCGAUUCCGUCCUUUAUGAUGGUGUAAUUGGGCCUAUUAUACAAAAAAAGUUACUCGACCAUUUUACGAAGUUUUUUGAAGACGUUAUGAGAGAUUGUGGAUAUUCGACAAAAUUGGCAAAUCUGCCCAUUAUAGUUUUUAUUAUUAUUAUUAUUUUGUAUUAUAAUUUAUAUAUCUAUAGUGUAGAAUUAAAAUUUUCCUUCUUUCUGGCUAUCGCAGUAUCUAGCAAUUUGAUAAACUCAGAUCGAUUGGAAGGUAUAUGGGAUCGAAGCAUAGCCCAAGGUGUUAGGACAGAAGAAAUUCUACUAUCUCACAUUCUUAUCCAGAGUUUCAUCGUAGUUAUUCACACCAUUCUAUUAAUGCUCAUAUUUUUUGGAUGGCGUGUAGAUUGUAAGGGAUCAAUAUUCGUCGUAAUCCUCCUUGCAUUUCUCAACGGUUUUUGCGGAUUGAUGUGCGGUGAGUACCUUAUCACAGAACAUUACAACAACAUUGCAGCAAUGUUGCAAAUUGCAAAUUGCAAUAUUGCAGAGAUAUUGUAGAAACAUUCCAUACAGCAUAGAAUGUUCAAACAACAUUACUGAGAUAUGUUAAAUGUUAAAGUGGAAAUGGUUUUCGAUAUUGAAUCUGUGUUGAUUUUUCUCCAUUGAUUGUUAAUAUUGUGAAUCAACAUCUCACAAGGAAACACAGGGAAGUGUCCGCUUCAGAUUAAAACGAGUUUUUAAUAUAUUGUAGUACAGAUAAAAAUAAGGGACACGUAUUUUUUUAUACG